AUGGCGGAGUGUGAAGCCAGUCUUGGGCUGCUCCUCGCAAGGUCAUCGCAAACACCUUGCCCAUCAUGUGUAAACGAAGGCGUUGAGAAUCUCUUCGGGGAAGCAGCCUGCUUGAUUUCGAGGGUGAAAGGCAUAGAGUUCGCCUGGUCCAUCUCCUUACGUAGUGCGUCUUUGAAAUUCCUGCCGGUCUUCAAGUCUCAAAGUCGGUCAUUCACAAGCUUCUCAACGUCUUCCGCACACAUUGCUGAUGCUUGCGACAUGUCAGCAGGCCGAUCACGUUGUUAUCCCUCGCCUUGUCUGCUCAUUCCUGCUCGACUUGCUUGGUACUCGUCGAGUUGCCUAUCGGCGCGUUCGUCCAUCAUUCUCUCUUCGCCCAAUUGUCCAAGGCCAAGGUGUACGCGGGAGCGUGCGUUGAGCGUGGAGGCAACGGAGGCCUUUCAAGGAAAUGAGAAUGAAGGAAAUGAUCAUCUAAACAGUAAUCAUUUCCAGCAGUCACCUGUUGUUUCCCCAGUGGAUCAUGAUUCGAAUGUGACAUACGACAUAUCAGGUGAUCGAAUCCUUCUCUGCCGCACUUCGAAUGUGCCAAUGAAUGUCCUGCAACAUGUCACUUACAACUCAGAGAACAGCAUGAAGAAUCUCCUUCUUUUUUGUGAGAAUUGA